UUUCAUUGGUUGCUUUGUGUGCAAUUUUUUAUUUAAUGGGAAAGUAACGGAAUCGCGUAAUCUGGGAUUCCUGAGAAAAUAGUCUGGGUCUCAAAGCUGAAGCGGCAUGAUUUGCGGCGGGCCACCCACCUGCACUUCCCUUUCACCAUUUUACAGUGAAACUUGGGCAUCAGCUGGACUUAAUUGGCUACAAUACCACUGAGUGACCCAACACUCAACACAAUACUCAACUUCAACUUCAAAGAAUGGAUGGCGGCGGGAACAUCCGACCUCGGCCUGGUGGACGGGAUGACGCCGUCGCUCGUCGUCGCAACCGAGAACCCGUUCUUCCCAGGUUGACAGAGGUGGACGACGAUGAACAUCGGCUGCCUGCGAACCGUAACGGCACUCGGAGGAGCUAUUCUCCCUCUGCAACAGACAUGUUAUCUAUGUCUGAUCCUCUACCCAUUUCCCGUCCUAACCUGCAGCGUCCUGCGCGUAAAGCUGCAUCUGAGCCUCCAAGUGUGCUCCGGUCAGGCGACAACCCUACGGGAAGCGACGCCACGCAUGCGUCUGAUAAAACAGAUCGAUCUCAUCAAGAGCCAUCCGAUGGACCAAACCAGAGCCUUGCGACCAGCAGGCCGUCCGACCCUACUUCAUACCUCGAGUAUAAUCUUGCCGAUCUCAGCGAGGAACAGUCCUACACCACCGCGUCGGAUGAGCCGGACUGGGUCCCGCGUCACGAGCCCAUCACUGCCGUACCCGAGGACUCUGGUGACCAGGCCGACUCUGAAUCAUCCGACACGGAACCUCAGCGGCGGGCCUGGUUCUGCAGACGUCCGGGCUGCGGCCAUCUCAAUCCGGGCAGCGUCCCGCUGUGCCAGCUCUGCAACGCGGGUCGUCUUCUGGGGCAGCCGAUGGCUGAAGAUGGGGCGGCGAGAGGCGCCCCGAUGGAGCCGCCUCACCGUGCUCGCCGGGCCAGCGGCGACCUCUGCCUGAUCUGCCGUCAGAGGCCGGCCGACCACGCCUUCCUGCACAGAGGCAGGCGUGGGAGGCAGGAGGCGUGCCGCGCCGCCUGCGGCAGCUGCGCCGAGCGCCGCCGCCGCCGCCGACAGCCGUGCCCGCACUGUCGCCAUCCCAUCCAGAUGGUCAUCACAAUAAUUCGCCACUAAGAUGCUCGCGACCGCGGUCCCCAGGUGGUCCGGAGGUGGGAGGACGGCAGCCACCGCUGCGUAGGACCCGAUUUUUCGUUGUAUUUAGCGUUGAUUCUGUUGAUCAUGUAUUCGACAUCAGCACCCGUGUCGAAGCUAUAUCAACGAGUACGAAAUGUGUAUCGUACUUACAUUUGUGAGAUCUAAAGGUCAUCGAGGGGCGCGGCAUUCCGCUUGUCAUUCCUCUGUUUGCGCGAGUUAGUGAUAGAUUUCGCGUAGCACGUGUGAAACUUUACAACCGUAAGUGAUGGUACGGACAUCGGUUGCUACCGCAUGGUUCCGUAAAGCUAGUGCGUUAGAGCUGCUCCUCUGCUUAGUAUGCUGGUAGCUUUUGUAUAUGUCGCCCUGGCGUAGUCUUGCCAGCGCCCGGCGAAAUGCCGUCCUGUGCGGUGCCUUAUCUCCGGAGGGAUUUUCGUAAAGUAUGGGUAGGACAUGGCUGGCCCGUUGGUGCAUGUUGUAUGUACGCUUGGACUGGCCAGCGCGCCUGCUGGACACGCCGACGGACGCCGCCUUCGGCAGCUCAGCGGGUUGGCCUGGCCGGCUGACCCGCGACCCUUCCCCUUCCGGAGAGAGCGUGGAUCGACCGAUGCGUCUGCCUGGUGGACGACGCGGGCCUCCGAGUGGUAUGUACGACAGCUCUCACAGGGCCGCUUCCCGGGUAAUGCUCAAUGGUACCCCAGUAUCUUUGACUGUAAGCUUGUUUGAACCGAAGUGGGCGUCAUUUUAGCCUUUUGGCGUAUUUUCCACACCUUCCCAUACAUUUAAAGUUUGACACAUUGUUAAAUGGAUUUACUCAACCACUUAAAGUAUCUAUGGUCCUAGAUAAUUUGGUCACGAAUUUAGGAGUCAUCAAUUCAGGCGUGCCUUCUAUUGAGGUGGUACUAACGCCUGCGUUUACAGGUCAUCGUGCUUUUGUGAUCCUAGUCAACAUGAUCCGUUAUCCUAGUCAUUGUUAUUUCUAGUCUGAACUCUGAUAUUACACAAGUUCUUUCAUUGUGUUGUUACUGAUUGAUUUAAAAUAUAAAAUGAAUAAUAGCUUUUUAUCGAUGAAAACAGAAAAGCUAUGUCAUUAAGCAUAUUGAAUGUACAUAUUUUACACGUCUAUAUAUUAUAUAAACCAAAUAUUGUAAACUAGUUUUUGACUACAAGGAGAUGUCUAGAGUCGAUAGAUUGUAAUAUAACAAUCUUCCAAAUCUUUCAACAAUCUUUCCAAUCUUUCUUUCUUCAACAAUCUUUCCCCACUCCAUAAUCCCACUUCUUCCUGUGAUACCUGCUCGAGCUGUGUAGAGUGUAGCUCAAUGUAACCAAAUAUGUUCUCUGGUCAGAUGUGGUCGCGUGCUGGAUUAAUGCUGACAUUGAAACUGGCGAUGCGCUGUUCUGUGAUGGUACAACUACUGUGACGUCCGUGGUCCAAUUAUACAUUGUGUAUGUGUGUGUAUGUGUCAUUAUGUAUGUGUCAGUGAAACUUGGCUGUGUUGAUAAUGAACGCUUGACUUUUUACCUUUGUAGCGUUGAAUAAUAAUUGCACUCGCGAAACUUGCGGAUGAUUGUCAUUGUGAUGCUAUGGUAUGUUGAUCUGAUGAAAAAAAUAUAUUCCUUACAGGAAUGAAAAAGAAA